UGGCCGACUCGGCUCAGAACCCUAGCCAGUUCCAUCUCGCGUUCUCCUCUCUAUCGAGGGAGCCCUAGAAGUCUCGGAGAUAUGUCGGGGAUGUACGGCCAAGGAGGCGACGGAGGUUACGGCGCCGGCGGCGGAUACGCCGGCGACGGUGGCUAUGGCGGCGGAGGCGGGGCUGGAGGCUACGGUGGUGCGGGAGGCCAUGGGGGCAGCGGUGGCGGUGGCGGUGGCUAUGGCGGGGCCGCUGGUGGAGGGGGCGGCUAUGGGGGAGGCGAUGGAGGCUAUGGUGGCGGCGCUCGGGGAGGUGGUUACGGCGGCGGAGGGCGCGGCGGAGGCGGCGGCGGCGGCGGCGGUAGGGGAGGCGGUGGCGGCGGCGGUGGAGGAUAUGGAGGGAAUCGAGCAGGAGAUCGCGGUGGCCGAGGCGGUGGCGGCAGAGGAGGGGGCCGAGGAGGUGGCGGCCGAGAUGGCGAUUGGCUAUGUCCUAACCCCGGCUGUGGGAAUCUGAACUUUGCCAGAAGAGUCGAGUGCAACAAAUGUGGAGCGGCUUGUCCCACUGGUUCCGGUGAGCGUGGUAAUGGUAAUGACCGGGGAGGUGGUGGUUAUAACCGAGGAGGUAGCGGUGGAGGAUACGGUGGAAAUCGAGGGGGCCGAAGUGGAAAUUACGAGGGUGGCAGAGGUGGUAGCUAUGACGGAAGAAGUGGUGGUGGUUCUUAUGGAGGUAAUCAGGGGAGAGAAGAUGGCGGUUUUGGCCAGGUUCCUCCACCUGCACCCCCAUCUUAUGGUGGGGCGGGUGCAGAUAUUUUGCCUCCUGCAAAUGCUUAUGGGGGAAAUGCUAAUUAUGGUACUGAGGCUGUUCCUCCUCCAUCAAGCUAUGGUGGGGGGCCAACAUCAUACCCUCCGAUGUACAGUGGCUCACCCGGUGGUUAUGGUGGUGGUGGUGAUAUGGGAGAUGCAAGGACUGGAGGUCGAAGGGGUCCACCCUCAGGCUUUGAUGGGGGCUUUGGCGGUGGCGCUCCCCGGCACCAUGGGGGUGGUUAUGGAGGUGGUGGAACUGUUGCUGCUGAUGCCGCCCCUGCUAAGGUGAAGCAGUGUGAUGAGAACUGUGGGGAUACUUGUGACAACUCAAGGAUUUACAUAUCAAAUUUGCCACCAGAUGUGACCACUGAUGAACUGAGGGACCUCUUUGGAGGAAUUGGUCAAGUUGGAAGAAUCAAGCAGAAGCGAGGCUACAAGGACCAGUGGCCAUGGAAUGUAAAAAUUUACACUGAUGAGGAAGGGAACAACAAAGGGGAUGCUGUGUUGUCAUAUGAAGAUCCAUCCGCUGCACAUUCUGCCGGCGGUUUCUUUAACAAUUAUGAAAUGAGGGGAUACACAAUAAAUGUUGCAAUGGCAGAGAGGUCAGCUCCAAAAGCUCCACCUGCAUAUGAUCGUGGGGGUGGUAGAGGUGGCUAUGGUGGUGGUGGGGAUAGACGCAACAGAGAUGGUGGAGGUUCUGGGCCAGAUCGACAUUAUCAUAGUGGAAAUCGUUCACGUCCUUAUUGAUAAUACUUCAGCAUGGGAGAUAUUAUGUAUACUAGAAAUUGUGGUUCGAGAGUUUAGUUGUGUGUUGCGUUGGCUGGAUUGUUCUUUGACUGGAGACUAAGAGGUAGGUUGUUCACUUACUUGGGCAAUACCACUAUUCUCCUUUUAUCUUGGAAUAGUUGGAUGGACUUUAACAGUAGGCGUUGGAUUGAUUCUGUUGUGUGAAUUUUUUUUUUUUAGAGGCAAGUGGAAUAGUCCCCAAUUGCUUGCUGCUAAGGUAGGUAGUGUCUUCAGGUGAGUACUGCUCUUUCAAAACCACAAUUUUCUUCCCGGAAGUGGUCCAGUAAUGGAUGGUCGUAUUCUCUCGUAGUUAAUCACAUAGAAAGGUAAGAUGCUGGUGUAAUCGGUAAACUAGAUGGCAUGAACACAUGCCUACCUCAAGUAGGUAGGCGACAUAUGAUUUUAGCUGGCGACAUAUGAACACAUCGCUUGUAGCAUAAACCACUUUACAUUUCUCUAAUGGGCGGUCUCAUCUUCGAUCUUAUAUCUUGGGCUUACGAUGGUUCAGAAAAUCGUAAUUUUGUUAUUUUCAGGUUGAUUUUAUCUGUUACUCAGCUGCAUAUUUGAUUUAGCUGGUAGGUAAUGAUGACUAUGAUAACUGGUCUCUACACCCCUUCCUUUUGAACUUUAAAUCAUCUUAUUUUCGGUAUUGGGUCAGGGUUACAGGGAUAGGGAUCGGUUGCGGGAAAUUUAAAGUCUGACCCAUCUUUCAGGGGUUACACAGGAAUUUUGUUUUUCCAUUUUUUAAAUGAUGUGACCGACUGUGAAAAGCGGUCAACGAUGAUCAUUGUAUAUUUAUAGGCUUGUUGAGAACGACGUGAAUCAACUGGGGGUCAGGACAAGAUGGGCAUCCACGGUCGUUGGGUGACUUUGAUGGAUGCCUUCAAUACCAAGCCAAGCUAAUAGAUCUUUGUCCGGGGGGCUGGCAUACUGGUUCUUAACCUUCUCCAUUUUCUGCCGUAUAUGGGUCUUCUUGGUUUUUUCUUUUUGGCGGCGCCAUUUUUUGCAGUUUGCUGCAGGAGUUAAAAUUUCCAAGCUGGUUCUCUGUAAUGGCAGAUAGGAUAUUAGGAUGUAUGGGAAUCCUCAAAUAUUGUAAAGACAAUGAAUAAGGGGUUUAGUUCCA